GCCAGGUGGAGGUGAAUGCUGCUUCACUAUUGGCUGACAGGAGUUAAAUGUGAGUGGUGGGACUCCUCCUACUUCCCCGUCCCCUCAAAGGCACUGGUUGAAGCAGCCGAGGAGUAAAAAAGAGAAGGAAAUAUGCAAGCAGUGCAGUUGUGAAGCAGACAGACGUCAGGGAGUAAAACAGCUGAGAGAGUCACAGAGUUGUGUUCCUGGAAAACUGACAGACAGACUGAUCGCUCAGACAAACAUGGCCUCCGUCGCUCCCUUCAGCCGCAGGCAGUGGGCGUCCCAGUCACUGAGGGUCACCGCCAAGGAGCUGUCCAUUGUCUCUGCCCGCGGUAAAAACAACGCCAUCGCAGAGCGCUUCUCCAAGUAUCAGAUGGCAGCAGAGGAGGGCAACACAGAGAAGAAGGCGGUUGCGGAGCCUCUGCCCCCGACGCUGCGCACUGGGAAUCUAAGUGUUUUAAAGAAACGCUGGGAACAACAAGAACAACAUCAGCAGCCGUUGUCCAGCCACAGAGCCCAAACUCAAGCCACACCCUUCAGCAACGCCGACCCUCGCACCCACGUCAGUCAAUCAACGGGCCCCAAACCUACACCCAGGCCGCAUAUCGACAACCGGUCUGACACCCUGAAAGACACCACGCUCUGGGAGGAUCAGGAUACUGACCUGGCGACAAAGGUUCACUCUGAGAUCAGUGAAUCCACCUCCAACCAGCUCCAGUCGGCUCGACCCGAGGAUCUGACAGACAUGGAGGCGAAGCCCAGCAGAGAUUCAGAGGCGCAGGAGGGAGCAGCAGCGGCCGAAGUGCUUGACUGCGAGAAGCCGAGUGUUCCCCUCAACAGCCUCAAGAUGAUGUUUGAGAGAGGAGAGAACCUGACCGACAAGGUGUCCAGAGAGCAGACGAGUAGAGGCAACAGCAGUAACACUGCCAACAUGGACCAGCUACUAGGAGAUGGAAGUCUUGCAGAGUCCACUCCUCUCCGGGACAGGAUGGCCCUCUACCAAGCUGCCAUCUCCAAACAGGACAUCCCUCCCACCUCAGUCAGUAGUGAUCAACUGGACAGUUUCUGUGGAAAGCAGAAGGAGAACGUCCCUCCGUGCACUCUGGACUUGAGUCCAGAGUCUGAGCCAAACAGCAGGAAAGCUUUUACUGCUGAGAGCGCUGGCUCUGGUCCUGGCACCCCAGCAUCCUCCAAUCAGAAAGACUCGUCUCAGUCCAAGACUCCCAGAAACUUCCGGCUGCCGGUGAGAGAAACCUGUGUGUCGUGUCUGAAGACGGUUUAUCCUCUGGAGAGGCUGGUGGCCAACCAGCACGUUUACCACAGCUCCUGCUUCCGCUGCUCGCACUGCAACACCAAACUCAGUUUGGCGAACUACGCCUCCCUACACAACAACGUCUACUGCAAGCCGCACUUCUGCCAACUCUUCAAGGCCAAGGGCAACUACGACGAGGGUUUCGGCCACCGGCCCCACAAAGAGCUGUGGGAGGGCAAAGGUGAGGGAGGUGAGACGUCGCCACAGUCAAACGCUCAGACCAAGCCAAAGACCCCAAGUCCAGCUCCGGCCUCCGACCUGGAAAGCCCCAGCGUGGAGGACUCCCCGCUGGCUAAAGUCAACGUGCUGAUGGCCACUAUGGAGGCUCUGGGACAGGGAUCAUCAGAGAAGGCUGACAGACCCACCGAGACCCGCCGGCUGAAAAUCUCCUGGCCGCCGCGCACGGAGACGGAGGACAGCCACAGUGGAGCCACAACAACCACUGAGGGGGGCUCUGCUGGUAAGCCCAUCAAAGCCAAGUGGCCACCAGAGGAUGAAUCCCCCUCCUCACCCCCUGAACAGGCAAGAGAGACGCCCGGCCUGCGCCGCAGCUCCUCCCUGAAGGAGCGCAGCUUGCCCUUCACACUGGCAGGACAGACCGGAAACAAUCCUGCUCCUGAGGCCAGAAAACAGAGUCCACCUCCUCCUGUGGACGACCGGCAGCUCAGCCCUGAACCCUCGAGCAUGGAGCUGCAGCACGGCGGCCAGUCGUCAGAGAGCCAGACGCCGACCGAAGACAGCUGCGUAGACAUUCACACCAGCUCAGGAGAGGAGGAGCAGGAGGGGGAGAUGAAGAGUGAAGACAUGACAGACCAUCAUCUCACCCAGGAUGAAGACCAUGCUCCGAGGGGACAACCUGAACCUGAGAACCAGGAGGAGGAGGAAGAGGAGGAGAAGAUGGAGGAGGAAGAUGGAGGUGUGUUGGAGGAGAUGCCAACGGAGCCCACAGCCAUCUCAUCUCCUGAGGGAGAGGUGGAGGCCAGCCGCUCGUCUCAGGAUGUGGGAUUCUGGGACAGCGAGGAGGUGGAUGACAAAGGGGAGGAACAGCAGGAGGUCCUCACGGUGGAGGAGAUGAUCAAACGAAACCGAUACUACGAGGACGAAGAGGGGGAAGAGGAUGUAUAAACCUCUUGGCCAACAAGAUGAUCAUGAACGCUUACAGGACUUCUAAACAUUCCCUCUCUCUUUAGACGUAUUCUUCUUCUUCUCUUCUUAAAAGAGAACUGCUGCAGUGUCUAGUGUGAACUCUACUGAGCUCUUUAUUUGUGCCUCUUCUAACUGUUUUUCAAAAACAUUUAAAGCCAUUCCUACUACAUAGUUUUUACAAGACUGUUGGGAGAUCGUGUCGCUCCGACAUAAUUAGUUUUUUUAAAAGUCCAAUAUUUAAAAUCACGGCCCAUGUUAUGAAUAUUUUUAGAACAGAAAUGUCAAAAAGGUUGUGACACAUAGAAUAGAUGUUUUAUUUUUGUGUACACAACUGUUGUAAUUUUCUAAUUUCAUUGGAUGCCUCGUAAUCUGUUAUGAAUACCAACUACAGGGUUUUUUUUUAUCAAACCAAGAUGUGGGAAAUUUACAGCUAAUGUGUCUCGUCUCUUCAUGUAGUUGUUUAUUGGGCAUGCUGAGAGCAAUUAGCACUGUUUUGGGAAAACACAACACUUUAUUCUUUCCAUUUUUAUAAAUAAUUGGUGGGCUUGGUGAGUUUUGGACAGUGUCUGUAGAAAAUAAAGCUGUCACUUUACUUUCAGUUGCCAUGUACACAGGAAAAAAAUACACUUCUUUGCUCUUUUGUUUCCAUUUUGACGACUUACAACUGGAUCUGAAUAAUGUUGUACUGUUGUUUUUAAAACCAGGGGACCAAAUAUCCUAGAUUGCUACUGUUUAAAUAAAUUGUUAUAUACUAAA